UACGUAAAUUACGGAAAACAAGUAAUUCUUUUCAGUUCACGCUACUUUCAAAACUCGUCCGAAUUUGAGAUGGCUUUUAGUUCAAGUCCACAUCAUUUAGGAAACCCUUCAACGAAUUUCACCAAGGGAAAGAUGACCAUCCCAUCCAAAGAUCUCGACAUUGUUUGGGGGGGAGAUGAUCGAUAUUGGACCAUACCCAACGACAUGAAUUCAGCAGCCCAUUUGCAUCAAGUUAGUUGGCUGGAGGUUACCGCUUCUGUCAGAGGAACCAAUCCUAGCAAGAACUAUGAUGUGGGUUUUCGGGUAUCGGUAACACCAGAUGCAUUUGGAUGGAGCAAUUAUCCUGUCUACAUUAUGGUUAAGAGAGGAAAAGAAGGGAAAUUUGCAUGGAAGAAAUUUUUCUUGAACACUAAUGAGACUAAUAAGCCAUUUGAGAUUACGGGGAGGUUGAUCAAGGCUGAAAAACCACUUGAAGAUUCUUCCGACGAUCAAAGGGUUUACUUUGGUCUCUAUGAAGUCUGGAGCGGCAAAUGGAAGGGUGGUCUCAAGAUUCACCAUGCUUUUAUCACAGAAUCUCCAUGAGAGAGAGAGAGAGAGAGAGAGAGAGAGAGAGAGAGAGAGAGAGAGAGAGAGAGAGACUGAGAGAGAGUUUCAUAUAGAGAUGUAUGCAUAUGCAUAUGCUGUAUUUUGUAUUUGAUCUAAAAGAAUAAAUGAAACAGUGAUGCUGCGGAACAUCUUGUUUUUGUUCCCAGCUUCACUUACCUUUGGCACAA